UUAUAUAUAUAUGUCAGCCUGUCACCAAGUCGAUCUUCUUCGCUCAGACUUAGCCCGAAGCUCCAGUACCAACCAAACCUAGCCGUCACAACGAACAGAAAAAGGUUUGAUGGGGGAUCGGGGUUCGAGCGCCGCGAAACCGAUUUGGAUGAAGCAAGCGGAGGAGGCGAAGCUGAAGAGCGAGGCGGAGAAGACCGCGGCGGCGAAGGCGGCUUUCGAGGCCACGUUCAAGGGUUUGGAGAAGAAUCGGGAGAAGGGUGGUGGUGUCGUUCAAUCGGACAGCGAGUCGGAGGAGUACGAGGACCUGGCUCAUAAGCCCAUUGGGCCCGUCGAUCCCUCCAAGUGCACUGCCGCGGGGACCGGGAUCGCCGGUGGAACGGCGUGUGCUCCGUCAUCGUUUGUGGUGGUUGCUAAGGACGCCGAUGAGAGGAAGGUUUCCAAUGGGGGUGCGCAAAUCAAGGUGAGGGUGACGCCCGGGUUGGGUGUUGGAGGGUCUGAACAAGAAGGAAUGGUGAAGGAUAUGGGUGAUGGAACUUACACUGUGACAUAUGUGGUGCCCAAGCGAGGGAAUUAUAUGGUCAGUGUUGAGUGUAAUGGGAGGCCUAUCAUGGGGAGUCCCUUUCCUGUGUUUUUCAGUGCAGCAGGUAAUGGUAGUGGAGGGCUGCUGGGUUUAGCUCCUGCAUCUACAUUUCCAAACCUGGUUAAUCAAACUAUGCCCAACAUGCCAAAUUACUCUGGAUCAGUUUCAGGGGCAUUCCCUGGAUUGUUGGGAAUGAUUCCAGGGGUUGUUGCUGGAGCUUCUGGGGGUGCUAUUUUGCCUGGCAUUGGUGCCUCACUUGGGGAAGUUUGUCGUGAUUACCUUAAUGGGCGUUGUGCAAAAGUAGAUUGUAAGUUGAAUCACCCACCUCAUAAUUUGCUAAUGACUGCCUUAGCUGCGACAACCUCAAUGGGAACACUUAGCCAAGCUCCUAUGGCACCUUCUGCUGCUGCAAUGGCUGCAGCUCAGGCAAUAGUUGCUGCCCAAGCCCUUCAAGCGCAUGCAGCUCAGGUGCAAGCUCAGUCUGCAAAAGAUUCUUCUGGUUCUCCUGAAAAGUCUAGUAAAGAUGAUGCAUUGAAGAAAACCCUUCAAGUUAGCAAUCUUAGCCCUCUUCUCACUGUGGAACAGCUAAAGCAACUCUUUGCAUUCUGUGGCACUGUAGUUGAAUGUACGAUCACUGAUUCAAAGCAUUUUGCUUAUAUAGAGUACUCAAAGCCUGAAGAGGCAACUGCUGCUCUGGCGUUAAACAACAUAGAUGUUGGGGGGCGCCCUUUGAAUGUUGAAAUGGCAAAAUCACUUCCACAAAAGCCAUCGGUGGUGAAUUCUUCACUUGCUUCGUCAUCUCUUCCUCUGAUGAUGCAGCAAGCUGUUGCAAUGCAACAGAUGCAAUUCCAGCAAGCAUUGUUGAUGCAACAAACCAUGACUGCACAGCAGGCUGCUAAUCGAGCUGCAACCAUGAAAUCUGCCACAGAGCUAGCUGCAGCCCGAGCGGCAGAAAUAAGCAAGAAAUUGAAUCCUGAUGGACUUGAAAGUGAAGCAAAAGAGGCGAAGCAAAAAUCCAGAUCACCGUCUCCCCCUCGUGGAAGAUCUCGAUCAAAAUCAAGAUCUCCUAUCAAUUACCGAAGAAGGAGAAGAUCUCGCUCUUAUUCACCUGUGCGUCACUCUAGGGAUCAUCGUUCUCGGUCACCAUUGAGGUCACAUCAUUACUCGAGCUAUGAAAGGGAAAGGCGCUAUAGAGAUAUUAGGGAACAUAGUGAUAGGUACAGAAAACGAGAUUUGGAUAGAUCACUUGAUUACCGUUUAUCUGCUUCUAGAAGGAACAAAAGUAGGAGUGUUAGUCCUCAUACACGGAAAUCAUCUGUUUCUCCAAAACAUCAUAGAGACACUUCACCUCAUAGAGGAAGGAAACAGUCACGUGCUGAUUCAGGCUCUCCAAGUCGUCACAGAGGUAGGUCUUCUCCAAAGACUGAUGAAAAAAAAUUAAGAAACAGAAGGCGCUCAAGGUCAAGAUCAUCAGACGAUAAUAGGCUUCACUAUAGCAAAAAUGAAGAAAUCUUUGAUGGAAAAUCUAAACAAAAAGAGAGAAUUCGUUCCAGGUCAGUGUCUGUGGAUGAAAAGCCUCACAGAAGGAGCCGGUCAUCACCGAGAAAAGUGGAUGAAAGUCGAUCCAGAUACAAAAAACGCUCAAGGUCUAAAUCUGUGGAUGAUAAGCAUGACUCCCCCGAGAGAUUGGAUAAAAGCAGAUAUAGAAGAUUGAGGCAUAAUGAUAAAAGGCACUCUAGGUCAAGAUCUACAGAAAAUAGGGAUCAGUCUGAUUUUAGGGUGGGUGAAAGCAAAAAUGAAAAGUCAAAACAUCGUGAUUCUACAAGGGGCAGGUCAAAAUCUGUUGAAGGGAAGCAUCGCUCUAAAGAUAAAUCUGCUGAAAAUAGAGAUAAGAAAUCAAAACAUCGAGAUAGAAGGCGUUCAAGGUCAAUAUCAUUAGAAGGUGAGCUGGAGAAAAGAGGCACUUCACCCCAUAUUAAUUUGGAUGAGAGAAAUUUUGAACUGAAACAGUCCAGUUCAAAGUUCCCUGAAGGCAAGCAUCACUCCAGUGAUAAAUAUGCAAAUAGAGAUGAAAAAUCAGAUCAUCAAAAGAAAACCCCACCUAAAUCAAAAUCAAAACAAUUUGAUGGGAGUGGGUCCUUCCAAGGAAAUUUCGAGGAUUAUGAAUCAAAGGGGAAAUCACAAUCUGAUUCUGGAUCUGCAGAAGUUAAGCAUAAUUUGAAUGAUGGAGAAGAUACUACCUGUGAAGAAAACUCAAAACUUUCUGGAGAAGGCAAGGACUCAAGUACCCUUAAUGAUACUGAGAUGCUGACCUCAGUGAAUGGUAACUACAAGUUAGAAGGGUCAAAUGAAGCUGAUGAUAACCCAGGAUGGAUAUGCGUGGAAGAAGUGGGAAAUGUAAAAUAUUAAGCAAACAUGGCUUGGAGUAUUGGUUCCAAAUGAUAAUCCAAAAUUCUACCUCGCUUUCUGAUAGUGCUAACAAUAUAGCUAUUAGUACAGAUUUCUGUUAUUUACUCUUGAAUCAGAAGUAUCUAAGGAGUAAGGAUAAUUGAAGCUCGCUACUUACAAAUGCCUAUCAGGAAGCAGCAUCACCCAACGAAGACUGCUUUUGUUACUUGUCACUAUAUAUCAUGACUUUCUAUGUUGAAGAUUUCCUGAGCAAGAUCUUUCCUAGGAAUAUAUGGUUUCAUGGGAGGGUUGUGAUUCUUAGGAUGAUGCCUCCACUAUUUGAUUGGUCCCCAGAUUAUUCUCUGUUGGCUUAUGAACAUCUUCGGUUGUUUAUUUCUUUUUUUUUGCAGGUCUGGUUGGAAAAGGUCAGGUGUAGAAUCCCACAGCUAUUGGUGUGGUUUAAGGUUUCAAGAAGUUUCCUGUUAUAGUCAUGAUCAACAGUGCAUACUGCUUGAUUGAUGUAUGUUGGAAUGUUAUUUUAAGUAUAAUAUUCUUUUUAUUAAAGGUAAUUUUUGCUAUGUCUGGCUUUGAUAUUUUUUUUUAAAAUUUGAUGGUGUCAUAAUAUUUUUGGUUUCUAGUUCUUCGAAGAUAGUUUAGAGGGAGAAACCCUUUUAAACCAGUGUCCGAUUAUUUGCAUCUAAAACUUGUUUGGCUAAUGAUUGCAAUAAUGUGGUAAAUUGAAACUAGUGAAUUUUUUUAGUUUGUCUCCUCAUCGGUUAUGUUUAUAUUCCAUAGCUGGCAUGGCCAUUUUUGUAUUAUGAUCUUGUUAAGUUGCGAGCAUCAUUAUUUGAUGUGGCCAACCAUUGGCUCCGUUUUGUUUACUCAUGUUUUGUGGUAUGGUGGGCAUGUUAUAUCCAAAACAAAUGCAGGUUAUUCUCAUUGAAAUCUGUUGGAGCUUUGAGAUACAGUUAUGCUGGGUUGAUUUUUCUCUUGUGUAAAUGAAGGUAUGCAGCCAGAUUCUGAUGCUCUAUGGUUUAGAGCAUACUUGUUUUUCUUCUAGCAAGUUGAGAGCAAUAUGGGAGGCUUGUUAACUUUGUAUUUUAUAUGAAUGCAUUUACUCUACGUAUUGUUUUUCAAUUUUUUUACCAUCAUCUGGUGGCUUAUAUUUUCCUACAUUUUUCCCCAUUUUCCUUUUGUUUUCUUUCUUUUUUAUUUUCCCCCCAAGAAAUCGUCAUGGUUAGGUAAAGCUUCUAUGUAAAGGUCAACUGAACCUGGAUGUUGCUGCAAUGAGUUUCACCAUGUUGCGUUUGAGAAUUGGCUGAGUUACAGUUUUUACUUAUGUAAAUGCUGAAAUGCAAAUGAUUUCAACAGGUAAUUCUCCGUGAAACUAUUGGGUGGUUCAUUUUGUGUAGCAUCUUCAAUUUAAUUGUCAGUCUUGUCCGUGGUUUACUUAGUUCUUUAUGUUGCCCUGUUCACAAUGAUGUUUUUAAUUUUCAUUAAUUUUACAAUUAUUUGUAAAUUGAGUGGUUUUGGGUGUCAUCUUAAUGAUUGUGUUUAGUUUUUCUUUUUUUUUGGUUUUGAACUUGCUUGAUUUGAUUUUGAUUUGGUGUCACAACUUAAAUUCUGGUUUUAAAAAACAUGAGCUUGUUGCUGAGUAGUGGUACAACUUUUGGAUUUUUUCUUUUUGAGAAAAUAUUGUGGAACACAUUUAUCCAGUUGACUUGGUAUGGUUACAGAGACUUAUGAUUUUAAAAAAUUAGAGUUUGUCCUAAGAGGUGCUAAAGAAAUUCUGGGUUUUUUCUCCUUUUUUUAGGAGUAGGGUUUUUUAGUCUCGGUUGAUCACAACUAAAUUUCCCCCUUGUUUUGUACUCUUUUCUCCGUCCCCUGCCCCGUUUCUCCUUUCCCCCUCUCCUGCCAUCCUUUUUUUUUUCUUUUUCUGGUUAGGUAAGCAUUGGAUAUGAUGAUCUUAGAGCUGCUGCAAAUUCUCUUCACCAGAUGAUUGUGUGAAGUAUGUUCUUGGAAGUCCUAUUGGUGUUUUAGUUUCCUUUCUUUGCACCACCUGGUGUAGUCACACCAAUGUUAUGGCUUCUCCACUUGGCUCUUAGGCUUUACCAUACAGUGUUUGUUCAUAAUUCUGCAUGGUUUAAUAGAAUAUUUUAACAAUUUCAAGGUUGGGCUCGAAAUGGGUAGGUACUGAUCUAGGUUAUUGUCGAAUUCUGAAUAUUUUGAUGCGUGGCAUAUGCAAUGGGUAGUGGCUAAUUGAGGAAUAUUUUGAUGA